AUCUCUUUAUUUUUUCAGCAAUGCUUUGCCAAGACGAGAUGGGAGUAUGAAAAUUAAAGCGCCUCCCCGUUCUUUCAUAAUGGAAAGUUCUGUUCAGUUCAUGAUGGGAGUUCAGCGACAAGAUAGACAUCUCUUUCUAUUUACUGACAUUUUACUGAUCGCAAAGCCAAGAUUCUCGGGUACUUACAAGCUGAAGGACAAGAUUCUAGUCAACGAGCUGUGGCUAUCUUCGUGUCUUUCUGAAGUAUGCGAGUCCAUUGGCUCUCCAGAAGUUUCUUUCGUUCUAGGCUGGCCAACCACUAAUGUCGUAGUGACAUUCAGCUCCCCACAGACUAAACAACUGUGGCAAAGUAAACUGAAAGAGUUGAUUGCAGAGGCCAAGAAAAAUGAAGAGAGGAACGUCACAUCUUUACAAGUUUGUUACUGGGACCAUGAAGUGAAUGAAGAAUUUUUCAAAACCGUAAAAGUGAGUAACACCCAAUCAACGUCUGAUUGUGUCCGACUGAUUCUUGACGACAUCGGUCAGCAGUCUUCAGAAAACUAUCAGUUGUGGGUGAAAACGGGAAAAGACGAGACUCCAUACCCAUUAAUAGGUCAUGAGUUUCCCUUCUAUAUUAAGAUGAACUUUGUUCGUGGAUUGUUGCAGCGAUCAAACUUUGACUUGCAGAACUUUAGCGUCAGUUCUGAUACAAAGUGUAUUUUCAUCUUACGUCAGUGUUCUACAGAUGACGUAGCACCUGUAGCUGAUGCUACAAGUAAGAAGAAAAGACCCCGAAGACCAACAUUGAUGGGAUGGCGUUUCAAGCGUAAUUCUAGUAAACAAGAUAAUUCUAAUGGGGACUUAUCCUCUUCGCCAUCAUCUUCGGUGUUUGCAAAGUCCUUCUCGAAACUCUGGGAAGAUGAUAAUUUACCAAAACCUGUGAUGGCAAUUCUGAAACAAUUGUUCAGAAAAGGGCCAUAUACCGUUGGCAUUUUCCGAAAGUCUGCUAAUACCCGGAUGUGCAGAGAACUGAAAAUCAAGUUGGAAGCCAAUCCUGACUUUGAUUUUAAAAAUGUUCCAGUUGUGAUGCUGGCCGCCCUUUUCAAGGAGUUCUUGCGAAGUCUCCCGGAUUGUAUUUUGGGUUCCAGUGUGUAUAAUGAGUGGUUAGAAGUCGCCAACUGCACCGAUGAAUGGGAUAAAAGAAAUAAAGUUAUGGAGCUUCUGAAACAAAUAUCCUCAGCUAACCUGAAACUUCUACAACAUUUUCUGUGUGUCCUGUGGCACAUAUCUCAACACUCUGCGAUCAACAAGAUGUCACCAGAAAACCUUGCUGUAUGUGUCGGUCCAAGCAUGCUCUACAUUUCCACUUCUAGUAGACAGCAAUCAAUACUUCAGCCUGAGGUUUCCAAACAAGUACCAAAAAUUGUGGCUUAUCUCAUAAGCCAGUUCCCAGACUUGUUUGGUAAAGAGUGCAUGCAGCUCUUUGAUGGGGUCUUGGAUGAAGACCCUCUUCAGAAGAACUUUGCAGCAGAAGAGCAGUUGUUUGGUGAAUUCUUGGACAAGGACAUCCUCAGGCAUGACUCUGGAGCAGAAGAGUCUGAUAGUCUUCACAGUCAACAAGAAAUUGGAGGAUGUCGUCAAGAUGACUCCUCCAUCGACAGCUUAGAGAGGGAGCUCCUUGGAGGAAACAAAAUAAUAACUGAGCUUUCAAGUAAAAACCAGAUAUCACUGACAAAUCUUAGUCGAGAUUCGGGUCUAACACUUAGUGACACACAGUUGUACACACCUGAAGACGAGGAUGAGUGCGAAGAACCUGGAGAAUCUAUUCAGAGCAAUAACCAGAUAGUUAAGAGUACACCUAACUUGGAUUUAGUUGGUCUAGAAGCCGGCAAUCAUCCAACAAAGAACACGGGGGUAAGCAUUGAUGGAACGUGCAAUGAAGUCAUGAGGAAACGGCGGCAGGUCCAAGAAGGCUCUCGUCCAGGAAGUGCAACGUCAUCUCCUUUACGGAAUCAGAAUAAGAGUAGUACCCAGACCGGAUCUUGCCAACAAUACCAUCUACCAAUUCAUUAUUCACGAUCCUAUAGUUAUGGUGCUGGAGAUACAUUUUUAUACUGCUUACUGAAUCCGUUGUUCGAUGGAUCUGUUAGUUCUGCAGAAGUUAAAAGGAAUAUUCAUUCAGGUGGAUCACAACUGUCUUCAACGAAAGCUAGUAACUUGUACCCUGUGCCUUUGUUGAGACGUACUGCUUCGGAGGACAGUUUGUCCCAAGUCUACUGCAAUCGAACGUCCAUUCUUACUCCUCCUGCAUAUGGGAUUACUCAUCAAAAAUUUCUUACUGGUUUAGAAAUAGACCAAAACGACCAUAAUGUUUCCUCUAAAAAGAUUGGUAACAACUCUCGUUGCUCAGACAUUGAACAUUUGUCUAAAAGGUGUGCAAUAGAAGUGCCCAGAGAUAACAAUCACAUUGAUUCAAAACGUAAAACUCUGCCGUGCUCUAACAAAGUAGAUUCUUGGAAAUCCACUCCGUCGUUGACGAUGAUUGAUGAAACGGACAACUCUCAAAAUAAAGAUUUGGAUGCAGAAAAAUUCGGUUUAUUUUCUGCGACUGACUUUUAUGGUGUUUUCCAGAAUUCUUCUAAUGUCAAUUACACAUAUAACUCUUCAACAGAAUUAAGCCAUGAGAAUCGAGUUUCAAUGGAAGAAAAGGGAUGUAAAGGCUCAUCAACAUCUGUCAACUCCAGCAGAUCUAGUGGAUCUGGAGACUCAUUUCAGUCCCAAUCAUCUCGGGUAUCAGACAGAACAUUAAAAACGCAAACUUCAGAACCUCUGCCAGAAAAAUCUUUGAUGGAUUGGUUUUCUAGUUACCAGGAAACCCCAUCACAAAGGGCUAGAGCCUCGAGUUUUCCUCAUCAACAGUACGAUCGAUCAUCUUUGGUCUCCAGAGUAAACAAGCCAAAUAAGGACACGACACAUUCUUGCAUGGAGGGUUCUAGAAUUCUGGAGAAACCCUGUUUAUCUUUACCAGCCAACAUCCCACCUACUCCCCCUCCCACUCCACCCAAACCUCAGAAAACGGCAGUUCAUUUAGAAACACAGAGGAUGAUGCAAGCGGAUGAACAUCGAGCUAUGGAGAUCAAUACAGUUCCAGACAACAUCCCUCCUUCUGGAUUAAGAUGGAGACCCCCUGAAGACUGGAGAAAAGAGAUUAGCUGGAGUGUAUCUCAGUUACGAGACUAUUUUGAUAAGAGAUCCUCAGGACAUUCAGACUACGCGAGUCAGUCUUACAAACAAAGCCAACCACCGUUUCAAUCACAUCUUCCCAACUCAUCUACUAAAUAUGAGGACGACUGUAUAACUGUGGUAAGAGUAAGGGGUGGUGGAAGAACUGACCCUGUGAUAACUGUACGAAAAAGAACCGAUUCGGAUAGCACUUGUAGUAGUAGUAGUAGUAGUAGUAGUAGUAGUAGAAGUAGCUUGGGGGGCAAAGAAUCCUAUGUCUGAGAGGGAAAUACUCCAGGAAGAAGGCCAGAACUGUACCCCUAAGAUAACGGGGGUAUUAUCCCUAUGAGGACACUACAGUGCAUGAAGACUUUGUAUAUUUGUAUAUUUUUAAGCUUCAACGAAUUGUAUAUGAAUAAUUGAAAAACAUUGGUAAUCAAAGGAUUGAGAAAUUUAUUUGUUACAAAUAGAUGUUCAUUGUAUAUAACAUCAUUCAAACUCGAUAAAAUGAUUCAUAUUAGCAAUGUUUCCUUUUUUAUUAUUAAAGUGCCUUUAUAAAAAAUACCUUUGAGAGAUUUUUUU